GGUUGAAACUAUAUGACUUGCUAUAAGUACAUAUUGUAUUGUCUUUCGUUUUAUUCAAGUGCCGUGCUCGCUCUCUAAUUGGACAUAGUGCUGUAACCUUGAAUAACCCUUUUGGAAGCAGGACUCAAGCUGAUGUUAUGAGCUGAAGGUGUGCCCAUUUAACGGCAGAGGAUGAGGAAUAUUUAAGACAAAACGGGCACCCAAGUGGAAUAACAUAUCUUCUGAAACCUAGUUAGAUGGCUUCGACACAUGAGCAACUUUGUGCCCCUAGUGAAACUACAAAUGGUAGAGGUGAGGGGAAAGUAAUAAAUCACUUGACCUAUGAGACCAAACGGAGUUGGGCACACAAAUGCUUCGACAUUGCUCGAAUCUCACUGGAAUAAUUUCUUAACAGAUAAGAUGUGCUUGGUGUUGGUUGGAAUAGACCUAUCUCUCACAGCAUUUUUUUCAAGAGAAGUUAUAGACCCACAGUGUCAAGUGAACUGUUCAUGCUGUGUUAAUCAAUUAUGUGGACUAAAAGAGAAACGUCACUACUAUGGUAAUGAUAGUUGUCUAAAGGGAUGUAUAGAUGGCUAUAGAGGGGCCCGUUGUUAUAUCAAAUGUGCAGAAUAUUGCAAAGCUUGUUACCAUCUCAAUUCCAACAACUGCACAAAAUGCCAUGAUGGUUUUUAUAAUGGAAAGUACAAAAAUUGUUCCGAAAACUGUGCUUCUAACUGUAAAGCAUGUGGAAAAGGCCCCGACCUCUGUACAAAAUGUCACGAGGGUUUUUAUAAUGGGAAGUACAAAAAUUGUUCCGAAGAAUGUCCGGCAGGUUGUAAAGCGUGUAAAUCACAAGAAAGCUGUUCCGAGUGCAAUGAGGGAUACUACAAUGGUAAAGAGUUUGACUUCGAAAGGUCUACAUCCCUUUAUAAUUGUACACACCGAUGCAGAGACACGUGUACACGGUGUAUGUCGUACAGUAACUGUACAGGGUGUGUCCGCGGUGCUUUUGGAACCAUCUGUGAACACGAAUGUUCAGUUGGCUGCGUAAACAGCACAUGUCAGCAAUCAACAGGUGAAAAAGUGGCGGACAUACGCAUGUUAAUUGGAUUCAGUAUCUCCACGGUGCUGUUACUUAUCUGCAUCGCUGUACUUGUCAUCAUAUUGCUGAAGCGGACCAGGCCUUGUCAAAGGCAUCGCAAGCAACAGAAUCAAGGCGACGUUCAUGUCAAAACCAAAGUUGAAAUGACUGAAAUAUCGGCUACAGAAGCUGAAAAUGUUAAAGGGUGCGCUCGGACUUCAUCCUCAGAGAAACCGUAUGAAGAUCUACAUGAAGAAAGAGAUGCCGGGCAGGAGCACCAGUAUCUGGGGAUUGCGGUCCAAAACGAAGAUUCCACAGGCGAUCCAAAAUAUCAGAACACGCCACAGAACAGCGAAAUGAAAAUCAAAUUAUGCAAAAAUUAAGCAAUUCGAUAUUCCAUUUGAUUUAAUAUAAAUUGCAUUUUAAUAUAUAUAUGUUCAUACAUAGCUAACUUUGUAACAUGCUAAUAAACAUUUUCCAGUAUCAUUUACUUAUAUAAUUAUGGCAUAAAUCAAGUGUAAUGUAAAAUAUGCCAUACCUUAUAUUAAGUAUACUAUUCCAGCAAAAUCAGUAGCUAAUUGGUGAUAUAUAGAGGAUACUAUGUGAAUGUUUUUUCAUACUGAAUUCAUUAAAUGAUAAAGUGCAAGUU